CCACUUUUCUUUCUAGGUGUAACAGAUGGCUUAAAAAUAACUCCAACUGACCAGCCUAUGAUUGAAAAAGCUCAAGGAGAGAAAGUUACGUUGCCAUGUAUGUUCACACUCUCACAAGAAGAUGAAGGCCCAUUAGAUAUCGAAUGGGUUUUAAUACCAAUCGAUAAUCAAAAGAAUGAACAAACUAUAAUUAUGUAUACUGUAGACAGGGUCUAUAGUAACUACUAUGAAGGCAUGCAUGGACGAAUGCAGUUUUCCAAUCCUGAUCCAAAAUCUGGUGAUGCCUCCUUAGAUAUUCUAAAUCUAAAGUCAACAGACACUGGCACAUACCAGUGUAAAGUGAAGAAGGCUCCUGGAGUUCAGAGCCAAAAAAUACAAUUGACUGUGCUUGUAAAGCCAGCAAGAACUAAAUGCUACGUUGAAGGAUCACAGGAAAUUGGAAGUGACCUGACCCUAAAAUGUGCAGCACAGGAAGGCUCCCCGCUCUUGUCUUACAGCUGGAGAAAACUUGCUGGCACUGGCACAGAACAACUUCCGGCUACAUCUUUACUGAAUAAAAACACAGGAGAACUUUCUGUGAAAAAUGCCUCUCAGGAUAACUCUGGUACAUACAGUUGCAUUGUUUCCAACAGAGUUGGCACAGACGAAUGUUUUCUUGUGCUGAAUGUUACCCCUUCUGUAAAUGUAGGUGGCAUAAUUGCAGGAGCGAUUAUAGGAACAUUGCUGGGGCUCUGCUUACUGGCUUUUUUCAUAUCGUAUGCCUGUAAGAAGCACAAAGAGAAGAAAUAUGAAAAAGAAGUGCAUCAUGAUAUUAGAGAAGAUGUUCCCCCUCCAAAGAGUCGGACUUCAACAGCCCGCAGCUAUGUAGGCAGCAAUCGUUCUUCUCUGGGUUCAAUGUCUCCUUCCAACAUGGAUGGAUAUACCAAGACUCCAUAUAGCCAAGUUCCAAGUGAAGACUUUGAACGUACCCCUGAACAAAAUUCAAACUUUGCACCGCCAAAGCAUACCAUCACAGACAAGAUUCGUGACAUAACAGUGGUAUAAACAUGAAGAAACACGCAGCAUUUUCCCCAUGAAUUUCAAGUAUGGAUAAACUGAAGUCUGUUGUGAAAUGAAGUAUAUUUUUUGUUCUUUAUCUAUUUCACUUAGAGCCGAAUCUGUAUUUUUUUUAUUUUAAGUAGCAAUCCUUUCUAUUAAUUUAUAAUACAAAAUUUGAAAUGUGACUGUUUAAAAUAGUUCUGAGUUUUAAAAAUCUAUGAAGAACAUUUUGACAAAAUAACAAUCAAUGAAGUUUACACAAAUCAACUCAGGUAGCAUAAAUGUAUUUUGGUGCUUAAGUUAAAUUCACUUGCAGUUUUUUUAAGUUGAGAGCGAGCCUGAAGACUGGACUUUUUAUAGGAAAUGUGCCUUCUAUUUAAAUAUUGUGAUGAUACUCUUAAUUCUGUUAUAAAUAUAAACCUUUUAUAAACAUGCUUCUUUGAAAUUAAUUUUGCUACUUUGUAUUCCAAGCCUGUAAAUUUUGUCGUACAGUUUUAAUAAAACAUUGCAUUAUGAUGGA